UUUAGACGAAUUUAUUAUAAAUAUAACAUUAGUAGAUAUGGAAAAUAAUUCUAAAUGUAAAGAAUCGAAGGAGAAGAAAAUGUAUAAAUAUAGUGCUGACGAUUCAGAUGAUGAAACAGAAAUAUUAGAGGAGAGCCCAUGUGGUCGAUGGCUUAAAAGGAAAGAAAAAGUUCAACAACGUGAUGUACCUGGGAUUGAUGCCGCAUAUUUGGCUAUGGAUAUGGAAGAAGGUAUGGAGGUAGUUUGGAAUGAGGUACAGUUUUCUGAAAGAAGAAAUUUUAAAGAUCAAGAAGAAAAAAUAAAAACCGUAUUUCAUAAUUUAACAUCCUUACAUCAUCCAACUAUUGUUAAGUUUCAUGCUUAUUGGCUGGAUUUUAAGCAAGAGAGUCCAAGGAUUGUGUUUAUAACCGAGUAUAUGGCUGGCUCUUUUAAAAGUUUUUUAUUAACUACUACAAAAAAUGGUGCCACAAUUCAAUUAAAGGCAUGGAAGAGAUGGUGUAUACAAAUUCUAUCUGGCCUUCAAUAUUUGCAUUCUUGUAAUCCACCUAUAAUUCAUGGUAAUUUACGCCUGGGAACUAUAUUUAUUCAACAUAAUGGCUUAAUAAAAAUAGGAUCAGUCGCACCAGAUGCUAUUCAUCAAAACAUAAAGACAUGCAGGGAACAUCAAAAGGAUCAUUAUUUUUUAGCACCAGAAUACUCUUCCUCAGAACCAUUGUCAACAGCAGUUGAUAUAUAUGCUUUUGGAAUUUGUGCACUUGAAAUGACAGGUAUAUUUGAAGUGUCUGGAACAUCAGAAAAUUUAAAUUCAAAUCCAGAAGACACAAUUAAUAAUGCCUUGGAGUCCAUCAAAAAUAUAUCCCAACGAAAUUUUAUAAAAAAAUGCAUCAACCCCAAUCCCAAAGAUAGACCUACUGCUCGAGAAUUAUUAUUCCAUCCUAUAUUGUUUGAGGUUCACCCACUAAGACUCAUAUCUGCUCAUUGCAUAGUCAACAAUUCAAAAUUCUUUUCAGACAACGUUUCGGAAAAUUUGAUCAACAAAAAAUUUCCUGCCGAUCAUAUCAUCGCCGAAAUCAAGCCUUCCAAUAAAUCUCGUCAUGUCAUAGACUCCAAACCUUCCAAAUCCGCUCCUAACCCCGAUAUUUUGAACCAAAUUACUGCUGCCACAAAAGAACAGCAGCAACAAAUCCCUAAAUCGUUAGAAUAUACCGUUUCAAAAUUACCUUCUUCCUCGCUCGAGAUAGAGAAACUGCUAGAAGACGUUAAAAAUGGGUUUUACCCUCUCACAUCCUUCCAUUUGUCCCAACCACCCGCUCAUCAUUCCAUGCCCGCUUCCUUGCCCCCGACCAACUCUAAUAAUCCCCCCAAAUCUAAUUCUUCCAAGCCUGUUCAUAACAAAGCUCCUACUGCCGCGAAGUUAGAGGGAACCCUAUCUCAUUCGAACAUUUUAAACGAUUUAACCUGCGGAGGCAAUAAUCUAGAAGAAGGCAGUGAUAAAUUACAAAACACUGGAAAAGAUGUUUUAAAACUAAACUCCAAAAAUGAUAGUAACGUAAAUGGAAAUUCGUGUUAUAGAAAUGGUAAUCAUCUAAAAAAUAAUGGUUCGCGCAAUGGAGUAAACGUUACUAAUAACUUAGCUAAAAUCGUUAAGAAUGGAUCCAAAGAAAAACAAGAUAAUGUAGUCGAUAGAAAUAGGGCCACGACUGAUAACUCCACCAAAAUGGUUGUUAAAGAAGAAAACUCCAACGAAGUUGGGAUAAAUAGCGGUAAAGACGAUAGAUAUAAUAAUCCAAAUUCUUUUAACAAUAAUAAUAAUACAAUUAACCAAUAUACGGAGACGGAAUCUAAUAAAGAAAAUACGUACGAUCAAAAUGGCACGAAUGAAGGGAUCAAAGGGAAUGAAUCGCUGGGGAAACAAGAUGUCGAGGGAAUCGAAGAUAAUAAUGUGACCGAUGGUUCGGGAAGCGAUCACGGUGAUCAAGAUGAGGAGGAAGAAAAAGAAACGAGCCGUAUUUUAGUGAUGACCGGAAGUCUGAUUGAAGCCAAUCAUCAGAGUUCCUCUAACGGAAAUAAUUUGACGAGCAAUGUCGAAGUUAUUGAAGAUAAGGCUCAACUCGAAUGUGAUACAGAUGAAGGGGUUAUAGACACAAGAAAAUAUAAUCUUACCCUCGUUUUGAAAAUGGAAAACAAACUUAGUCGUAAUUUACAAUGCGAAAUAACUAAAAAUGACAGUGCUCAAGUUCUAGCCACUGAACUAGUCAAUUACGGCUUUAUCAACGAAAAUGACAAAGAAGUUACUCAAAAUUUGAUCGACGAAUUGAUCAGAAAUAAUGUAAAGACUCCCGAAUCAACAAACACGAAUAUCAUUGACAAUAUUAAUAUAGGUACAUAUGAUGAGAUAGGCAAUAAAAAUAUCAAUACAACGAAUGAUGAGAUAGCUAAAGUGAUUAAAAGUGAUAAUGAUAUUAAAGAAGCUAAUCCUCAACUACUCAACCUUACGAAUAUCGAAACAUUUAAUAAUACAUAGAAAAUAUUUAUAAAAUUAUAAAUUUUAUAUUAAUAUUUA